AUGGGGGCCCUGAUACUGGGUUGCUAUGGAAACAAGAUCUCUCUGCUGGCAGGAGGGGCUUCAAUACAGGUCAGCAAUGAGGUCAAGGCCUUGUUGGUGAACUGCCCCAGGUUUGGGGCCUUGCUGCAGGCUCCUUGCUGGACCAGUGGCACCAUUGUGAGCAGUAAGGGGUGCACAGCAGAUGGGAUCACUUCCUCUGGCCCCAGUACAUUUGCGGCUUUUGGGGUGACUAUCAUCUUCUACAGGAAAGUCUGCUCUUCUGACCUGUGUAAUGACAUCAACAGCGUGGCUUCCAUCCUGACUCCAGCUCCUACAGCUGUGCCUUCCUCUGAUGGUCUCCAGUGUCCAAUGUGUGCGGCCUUGGGAUCCUCCUGUUCAAGCAACACUCUUUCCCUGUGCCCAGAGGGCACCUCCCGCUGUUACCAGGGACUGUUGCAGCUCAGUGGAGGAGGGAUUUCAUUUGACUUGGACAUCCAGGGCUGUGCCUCCAAAGCCAUCACAGGCUGCUAUCUACUUGGAAACACCCAGGCUUUUGGGCCCUUUACUGUGACUGAGGAAUGCGAAGGGCAAUCUGAGGACGAGGGCAACUCUAACGGGGUUUCUACUACCACAGUGCAAGCCUGGGGAAUGGGGACCAGAGGCAUCAUUUUGAGCACUAAGGGGUGCACAGCAGAUGGGAUCACUUCCUCUGGCCCCAGCACAAUUGCGUCUCCAGGGGUGACUAUCAUCUCCUACACCAAAGUCUGCUCUUCUGACCUGUGUAAUGACAUCAACAGCACGGCUUCCAUCCUGAGUCCAGCUCCUUCAGCUGCCCCUUCCCCUGAUGGUCUGCAGUGUCCAACGUGUGUGGCCUUGGGAUCCUCCUGUUCAAGCACCUCUCCUUCCCUGUGCCCAGAGGGCACCUCCCGUUGUUACCAGGGACAGCUGCAGCUCAAUGGAGGAGGGAUUACGACUAACUUGGGCAUUCAGGGCUGUGCCCCCGAAGCCAUCACAGGCUGCCAUCUACUUGGAAAUACCCAGGCUUUUGGGCCCAUUUCUGUGACUGAGGAGUGCGAAGAGCAAUCUGAGGGCGAAGGGCAAUCUGAGGGCGAAGGGCAAUCUGAGGGCGAAGGGCAAUCUGAGGACACGGGCAACUCUAACAGCGUUUCUACUACCACAGUGCAAGCCUGGGGACUCGGAGCUGGAUUGUUCCUGGCCCUGUGGAGUGCCUCCCCCCAACUCUGA